AUGACUCAAAAAGAAGACGCACUUGGCUUUCUCGAAAACUACCCUGACAUCCAUGCUGAACCUUUAUGGACAGUGAUGAGUGCCAUGGUGCCUCCAAGACCAUCACCUAAAUCCAAGCCCCAUUGUUGGGAAUACCAAAAGCUUAAGCCUGCCCUCCUCGAAUCUGGUAAAAAGAUUGCUGCCGAGGAAGCUGAACGCCGUGUCCUCAUGUUGAUCAACCCUGAAAUGAAGGCACCUUGCACCACGGAUACGCUUUAUGCUGGUUUGCAACUCAUCAACCCUGGAGAAGUGGCUCCUGCUCAUCGUCAUCGGGCAUUUGCUUUACGCUUCAUUAUCGAAGGUGAACGUGGCUUUACAGCUGUGGAGGGUGAAAAGAUCUAUAUGGAACGCGGUGAUGUGAUUCUCACUCCACCAUGGCAAUGGCAUGAUCAUGGCCAUGAAGGUGAUGAUGUCAUGAUUUGGUUGGAUGGUCUUGAUCUUCCCAUGUUCCAAUACAUUCCUGUCAAUUUUGCUGAGAUGUAUGAGGAAUCUCGAUAUCCAAGCACGCCUGUUGAAAAGAGUGCACUCAAGUUUCCAUGGGCUCCUGUACAAGAGGCAUUGGACAACACCGGCGAUGCUGCGUAUGCCACAUACACAUACACACAAGCGAACGGCAAACCUCUUUCAUACAUUAUUGGUGGUGAAGCUGAACGUAUCGGUGCUCAAGCUGUGUCGCCCAAACGUCGUGAGACUUGUUCACGUGUAUUCCAUGUCUAUCAUGGCACUGGUUAUACCGAGGUGGAUGAUGGCAAGGGUAACAAGAAUGUGCUAAAGUGGACCAAUAGCGAUACAUUUGCUGUUCCCUCGUGGUAUUCGGUCGUCCAUCACAAUGAGGCCAAUGAACCUGCUUAUUUGUUUAGUUACAAUGAUAAACCUCUCUUGGAAAAUCUCGGUUUAUACCGCUCCGAGUAA